AUGAACACUUGUGACGCAGAUCCACGGUGUGCUGUGAGGUUAUCAAAUACGACAAGUUCCUGCAACACGUCCAAGUUAUACUUCGAUCAGAACACGCAUCUCUGCAAAGCUACCUGCUCCGAACUGGCUCCUUUUGAAUCUAGAUCAGAAUGCAACAGUAUAUGCAGAAGCGCUGUGGUCUGUUUUGAUAAAAGACAACCUGAACCGUGUAAGACCAACGCCAAGGGCAUUGCGUUCUACUUUGAUGCCCUCAAGGGAAAAUGCUACGCGAGGUCAGGAUGCAGUUACAGAGGGAACAACUUUCCUACUAUUCAGGAGUGCAAAAGCACAUGUACUCCAUACGCAGGAUACGGAGGUGCCACAAAAGUAAUCAACGCAAGUGCUCUUGGUCUAAGCAACAUCACGCCAUCCCAACCUGUGAAUAAAGAAGCAGCACUUGCACCAUCAAUAGUACCAGGAGCGGACAAAGAACCUCCAGUUGCAGAGCAGGGAGCGAGUUUGUCGACUACGGCUGGGUUAGUGAGGACACCUACAGUGGUGAGGUCACCCAGCGUCUCAGACACUGCAAUCACGCCACUCAUUAGCCACAAAGAUCCCCUGUGCCAAAUAUCUCAUCUGAAGUUCGCAUCCAGUAACUGCACGCACCGCUAUUACUACUUCCAUCAAGCGAGCCGCCUGUGCAAGCCGACGUGCUCCGAAACGGCUCCAUUCGCUGCACGGUCGGCGUGUGACAAAAUAUGCAGAAGUGCUGUCGUCUGCUUUCACCAUAUUCAAGAAGAAGACUGCGAAUUGCGCCAUGAAGCAACUGUCUUCUCAUUCGAUGCCAAGAAAGGAAGAUGCAUCACUAAAACUGGAUGCUCAAACGAAGGAAACAACUUUCCAACUCUGCAAGAAUGCGUGUUGACCUGCGCUGCAUCUAAGAAGAAUGCUUUAGCCAUUGGUCCGGCCACGCGGCUCAUGGAACGCUGA